GGAGACCAACAACCUGCAGAGAAGUUCUUCUUCACCUUCUUCCUGUAUUGCCCCCCAUCUUCACCUACGAGGAAUAUCCUUCUCUUAUCCUUAAACCCGAUGCCUCUCUGACCGCCUACGACUCCCCGAGCUCCUGUGAAUAUGGCCCACAAGGUGUUACAGGACAACUUCGAAGUUGACUAUGUCAUUGUCCUCAGAGUCUCCUCUGAUGACAAACAAGCCGGAGCAGCACAAUUCCAAAAACUUAUACGUGUCCUUGCCGAGACGGGCCUCACUACCGAAGUCCGUCGUGGUGAUGAGACCUCCCUACUUGUCUUUGUGAAGGCGGCCGAUGAACAAGCUUUCGCCGAAGUUGUAUACAGAUCCAGAAUCAAGGAUUGGCUCCAUGGUAUUCGACAAAUCCAGCCUACGAAAGACCCGGCAGAGACACUCACCUCAGAGCCAUUGACCCCUGCUGAAAGACUGCGGAUGAUCCACCACAUGAUCUGCUGUCCUGAGGAAGAAGGAGGAGCCGGAAUUACUCCCAAACAUGGUCAAUGGAAGUCAGUUGAGGCUGUCUUCCCUCUUCAUGACCAUGUGAAGAACAAGAAAUGGUUGGCCGAGUUCGCUCGCAAAACGUUUCUCACACCAGAGGACCUCGACGAAAUCAGGAAUUCCAUGGGCGAGCAGAUUGGCUACUACUACGCUUUCCUCCAGUCAUACUUCUCUUUCCUGAUAUUCCCUGCGGCGUUCGGGUUCUCCAGCUGGAUAUUGCUUGGAAACUUCUCAGCCAUUUAUGCUGUUGUCAACGGUCUGUGGUGUGUCGUCUUCGUGGAGUAUUGGAAGCGACAAGAGCAGGAACUUGCCAUACGAUGGGAUGUCAAGAACGUGUCUUCAAUCGAGGACAAGAGAAGAGAGUUCGUCCCGGAGAAGACCAUCACAGAUUCCAUCACUGGAGAAAAGAUGGCAUACUUCCCGGCAAAGAAACGACUCCAGCGCCAACUUCUGCAGAUACCACUGGCAAUCCUGUGUGUGGUGGCACUGGGUGCAAUUAUUUGCACUUGCUAUGCUAUUGAGAUUUUCAUCUCCGAAGUCUACGAUGGCCCACUCAAGUCUGUUCUCGUCUUCCUACCGACCAUCAUCCUUACCCUACUGGUUCCUGCUGUCAGCAAUUACCUCACCCAGUUCGCUGAACGGCUCACUUAUUACGAAAACUACGAAACUCAAGAUGCUCACGACAAGGCCAUGAUUUCCAAAGUCUUUGUCAUCAACUUUAUAACCUCAUACCUGGCCAUCUUCCUGACGUCGUUUGUGUACGUCCCUUUUGCCUCGCUGCUUGUUCCUUACCUCGACAUUUUCAGCCUGACAGUCAAGCCUUUCGCACAAAACGAGAAACAAAUGCAACCACCAUCGCCUGCCCAGUUCACGAUCAACCCUAACAGGAUUCGAGAUCAAAUGAUCUACUUUGCAGUGACUGCGCAAGUGGUCAACUUCGGUAUGGAGACCGUCAUGCCAAUUCUUACGCAGAAAGGGACAAAGAAGUACAAGGAGAUGCAAUCUGCUCGAGCCGAGAAGAAUGGCGGCACUGUUCCGUCGGUCUCUGCCAACGACCCGCCCGAGGAGAAAGACUUCUUGACUAGAGUUCGAGAGGAGGCUUCUCUUCCUGACUAUGACGUGGCGACCGAUCUUCGUGAGAUGGUCAUCCAGUUCGGAUAUUUGGCCCUCUUCUCAGUUAUCUGGCCCCUAACUCCAGUCUCAUACUUUAUCAACAACUGGAUCGAACUGAGAGGGGACACGUUCAAACUGACUGUGGAAUGUCGACGACCCAAUCCUGCACGCGCUGAUUCGAUUGGGCCUUGGCUUGAUAGUCUGGAGUUCCUAGCCUGGUUGGGAAGCAUCACUACUGCAGCCUUGGUCUAUAUGUUUAGCGGCGGGCAAGGACCAGACGGUCGUCCGCAUGCCAUAUGCCUGUGGGCGCUUCUUUUGGGGGUAUUUUGCUCGGAGCACAUCUUCCUUGUGGUGCGAGUCAUUGUGAGGUAUGCCAUUAGCAAAGUUGACAGUGCAGCAAUGCGGAAAGAACGGAGUGAACGAUUUAUGGUACGCAAGAAAUUUCUCGAGGACGCUGGUCUGGCCGAUGUCAUCAAGUACUCCUUGCCAAAGAGUCCAUUGAAAGCGACAUCUGGCGAUCAAGCAUUUGCAAACAUUACAAGAGAUAGCCUUGAGGAAGAUGCCAGACGGGAUAGUCUUAGGAGUACUACCGCUUCUGAUCGAUUCUGGAAUCAUCAACGCAGUUGGGCUGAAGCAGAAAAGGUUGGGUUGGGUAUGAUUGACCUCAUGGAUGUCAAGGAUGGAACAGAAAAGAAGAGCCAGUGAUCAUUUUGAGUGGCGUUGGUUUGAUGGAUUGCUGGCAGCGGUGUGUUUUUGGUCCUCAAAAAAGAAACAAAGGUGGGGUCGACAGUACCGACAAGGGGGGCAGGGAUGGUAGGAUGGAAGCAUUGAGGAAACAAAGGAUUUGCAAGCUCAGAUGAAUCUCUGAAACGGUACGGAGUGCUUAUGAGUAACGAAAAUGACUAUGGAGUGUCCGCGAUUAUGGGUUGCUGUUUACGACUCAACAUUUGAUGUUCUGUACUCGCACUGUAGAUGAAGAUUCGUUCGUGAGUACGCAGAAGUUGUGUACGAUCUCUUGUCUUAUCGCGAUGCAUGCAGUACAAAACCCUGGCCUCGGCUCGCUUAUACUCGUGUGUCG